AUGUGUCAGUGUGAAUAUGUGUGGGCCUGUGCACAGAGUGCGAGCGAGUUUGGGCCCAACGUGAGAAUCCUAAGGGAAGCUCGGGGGGGUCAAAGGCUGGUGGCUUACUUUGUAUAUAUUGCAGCAUUUCAGUACUGCUCUGCACGUGUGCUCCCCUGCCUGAUGAAGCAAGUGUUAAACAGAGACCGACCACAGCUACAAGCAGGAGCCACCGCACCCGGCCAGCAUUGGGGUAUUUUAUCAAAGACGGAGGCCACGAAUGUUGAGAAAGCCUUAGUAGGUGGGAACUUGCCAGAGGUGGCCUCUGCCAUCAAGGAGACUCUGAAGAUAGUGUCCAGGACACCAGUCAACAUUGCUAUGGGGGACUCUGGCAGUGGGAUGAAUACCUUUAUCAGUGCCCUUUGAAACACAGGACAUGAGGGGAAGCCCUCACCUCCUACUGGGCUGGUAAAAGCUACCCAAAGAUGUGCCCCCUAUUUCUCUUCCCACUUUCCAAAUGUGGUGCUGUGGGACCUGCCUGGCACAGGGUCUGCCACCAAAACCCUGGAGAACUACCUCAUGGAAAUGCAGUUCAACCAGUAUGACUUCAUCAUGGUUGCAUCUGCACAAUUCAGCAUGAAUCAUGUGAUGCUUGCCAAAACCACUGAGGACAUGGGAAAGAAGUUCUACAUUGUCUGGACCAAGCUGGACAUGGACCUCAGCACAGGUGCCCUCCCAGAAGUGCAGCUACUGCAGAUCAGAGAAAAUGUCCUGGAAAAUCUCCAGAAGGAACAGGUUUGUGAACACUAAUUCCUGUCCUUAUGCAACAUUUUCCAUCUCCUCCUAUUGCUUCCUUUUCUCCUUUAUUUCACCGGACUCAAUGGAACACACCUGGUGCAGAAGAGCAUCUUACAAUUUUAGGGGGCAUGUAGAGAGAGUGGUUGUGUUGUUCUUUGAGACCUUUUAGGAGUUGGGGCCAAGAUUCCCAGGCAAGGCUGCUUGCUUCAAAGGUCCUUUCCCUUCACAGAACUCUCCACUAGGUGCUAAAAACGAUCAGUGUCUUAAAAUGGGUAUAAGAUUAUAUCAUCAGGGUCCUAGCACUCUCAAACUGAGUCAUUUAAGAAGACUUUAAUAAUAAGGGUAUAUUCAAAGGUGUGGACAGGGUGCAGGGAGACCACCAAGACAAAAUGUUAACCCGAAGGUAUAACCUCAAGGCAAGCAACGGUCGGGAGGAGCCCUCUCCAGGUUUGAACAGGCAAAUGGAGAGGCAGGUUGCUUGAAUCUCAAGAUGGAGUUUAUCAGUAAUAAUAAAGACUUCUGGGCUUGCAAACAUACAAUUGCAAUCUACAACAAAAUCUCUAAAACAGAAAAAAGAGUAACCAUGUUAAAGGGUUCUAAGUUCUUGUUUUAUCCAGAGCAUGAGUAAAGACAUUGAUUAAGUUUAAACUAUGGUUUAUAAGUGAUGCCUAAUAUCUUAUGGUUUAUAAGUAAUGCCUAAUAUCUUUAAAUAACUAACGAAGGAAAAUAAACUGUGCAAAUAACUUGCAAGUGACAAGAAAAACAAUAGUAUAACAAAAAUACACUCAAUCCAAAGGGAGACAAAAAAAAAGAUAUAGCACAAAAUAAAAUGUUACAUAUAAACUGAAAAUAUCAAUAAUUGUAUUCAGUGUAAUUGGACUAAAUGUUUUAGUUAAAAGCAAAAUGAUCAUCAGGCUGGAUUUUAA